CGACCGGUGGCGGUAGCAAGCCGAUUCCCGCGCGGCGCACGUCGCAUCGCGGAACUGCUCGAGCUGAACGUGUUAAAUGGCUGUGCGUCGGCCAUGAUGGCUUUGAGCAGGGACCGUGUCACGCAAACAUGUUUUCGAAGUGAUAUAUCUCGUUUGGUGACUGAGUGACCGUGUUCCAGCGCGAUGGCCGGAGAACGAUGAGGCCCUGAGCGCUCUCUGUGCCGGGUAUUACGGCCGCAGGGCCCCCAACCAGGCCCAGUCAGGUUCACGUUCCUUAAGUCCGAGGCCCGAGCCGACCCGACUGGUCUCACGGUUCGACACCAGCCACCUCGGUUGUCAACACGCGAGCCAGCCGCCUCAGGAUGAGCAAGCUGUCGUUCAGGGCCCGUGCCCUGGACGCUUCCAAGCCCAUGCCGAUUUAUAUGGCUGAGGAACUACCGGAUCUGCCAGAUUACUCGGCCAUUAAUCGUGCUGUGCCCCAAAUGCCCAGCGGCAUGGAAAAGGAGGAGGAAUGUGAACAUCACUUGCAAAGAGCAAUAUGCACAGGUCUGAUCAUUCCUACCCCUGAGGUAACUGAUUUAACAGAUGUGGAAGCUUAUGACAAAAUAUAUCCAGCUGACUAUAGGCUACCUCGUCAACUUAUACACAUGCAACCUUUUGCAAUGGAACAAGAUAUUCCAGACUAUGAUAUGGAUUCAGAAGAUGAAAAAUGGGUUGCAGUACAAAGUCGUAAGAUGGACUUAACUCCUCUUCAAUUUGAAGAAAUGAUGGAUCGUUUAGAGAAAAGUUCAGGACAAACUGUAGUCACUCUUAACGAAGCUAAAGCACUUUUGAAAGAGGAUGAUGAUUUAAUUGUUGCUGUGUUUGAUUACUGGCUGAAUAAGCGUCUUAAAACACAACAUCCUCUUCUAUUAACGGUUAAAACAGAGCAUCGGUUUGGUUCAGCUGCCAAUAAUCCUUAUUUAGCGUUUAGACGUAGAACGGAAAAAAUGCAAACGCGUAAACAUCGUAAAAACGAUGAAACUAGUUAUGAAAAAAUGCUGAAGCUCCGUAGGGAUCUCAGUAGAGCAGUUACCCUUUUAGAAAUGGUUAAAAGGAGAGAGAAAACCAAACGAGAACAUUUGCAUCUUACAAUUGAAGUAUAUGAGAAAAGAUAUCAGGCACAAGACUUUAACGGACAAAUAUUGGCAGAAGUAUCAGCGUUGAAGACACCAAGACCUGCUUUUGCUCCACUGUUCACGAAUCAGUUUGGUGUUCAUCAAAAUUGGGCAAAUAAAGUUUGUAGUAAAGAUGAUGUAGUACCCAGGAAAGAAAAAAGACAAUAUAAGAAGCGAAAGCAUAAAACCGAUAGCAGGGGAGGAAAUUUGGAAGAUAAUGGUAUACGGGGUGGAACAGGUAGCGGAGGUGGUCGAGGAAGUCGGCCUGGUGUUCUUGGAAGCGGGCUGGACCCGCUAAUAAGUUCAGACGAAGAUAGUCCGCUCCCAUCUCAUUCACAUUCUCAGCCCUCGGUUCCUUCAGAUCGCGAUGAUGAAGACACUGCUGAUGAGGGUCAAUUCACUUUCCGACGAAAUAGAAAUAGCACUUAUCUACCACCUGUAUCAGGUGGAUUUGGAAACUGGCCUUGGUGUGAUAAAAGUGAAGGGGGCUUGGCUGAUAAGAAGUAUAGGUUUGCACUGACCAGUAUCAGCAAACCAGUACCGAGAUGUAUUGGUUUUGCGCGGCGACGAAUUGGUCGGGGUGGCAGAGUAAUAUUGGAUCGCUGUUCAACCGAUAUGGAUGAUAUGUGGUCUUCUCUAGAUUUUACAAUACAUCAACCAAAACGGGAGCCAGUGGAAUCUGAUACAACUGCCACACCAACAAUUCCAAUCAAGAAGGAGUGGUUACACUUCCGACCAAAGACUCCACCUGUGUCAGUGCAUAGUCCAAGUGAAGAAAGUAGUGAUACGGACUCAGAUAUAGAGCCAACGUUAACUCCAUCGAAACCGCUUCCAUACCCGUUCCCACCUGAAGCGACAUCUAUCUGUGUGGAAGUAGAGCCCGAGCGUGUAGGAGAUGAACCACUUUUUACAUCAGAAUUCAAUAUCGCUGAUUAUUUCUCGGUGGAUACGCUAUCGGACUUUGAUCUUGCCGUUGCGAGUAUAACCGGUAGUGCGUGCAUCAGUGGUCUAUCGGAUAAUAACUCUAACGACAUGAGGACAGACGAACUGGGUAGUUCACAUUUUGUUGUGACUCCGCUACCUAGCAGUCUUUUGGCACAGCCUGCAACACAACAGAGUCGGCCUCAGUGCAGUGGUAGUGGUUUUAGUGUUGUAAAUACUUCUACGAGUUCUACAGUCCCGUCGUCUUUCUCGUGUACAACCAACCAACCGACAACGUCGAGUGUAGUAUCUACGCAAUGCAUAAGUGGUGCUACUGAGACACAGUCGAACCAGUCUAAACAGCAACAACAUAGACAAUUACCAAACAACAGCAAUCCUGUUUCCAUUCUGUCUAAAUCCUUGACUAGUCCAACGAAUAAUAGGAAUGGCGGUAGCUGUGGCAGUGGUAGUGCUGGAGUCAGAGUGUUUAGUGCAAGUACCACAACUAGUGGAACAAUUACAAACUUUGGCAAUGGGCAUCAAAAUGGGCCAUUGUCUCAUAUAAAUAACUCUAAUAAUCUUUCAAAUAGCACUCACGUUGUGAAUAAUCAGUCAACGAUAGUUCUGCCACAAAAACAUCCGCCGUCCACUCUGCUACCUGGCUUUAUCACACAGAGCAAAUUGGCGAGUCUCGCAAGGCAGCAACAACAGACGCAGAGUCAGGCGCAACAAAUCCCAACGUCCGGGGAAAUUACGCUUAAUAGUAAUAGUGAAAAUUUGGAUAUGAAGGUGGAUGGAGUGGAAAAUGUAACUUGCGAUGGUAAACCACAGCAACAACAGCUUGUACGGGCAAAUAAAACAAAUUCAUUAGCGAUGGAAGUGACAUGAUGCCUGCUAUUGGCACCCCUGUUGCCGCCAAUACGUCACUGGGGGCUUCGCUAACUUUACCUUGCCUAUGUCUGUCUACCUUCUGGAGACUGAACAUACACUACGUGCUCGUUAAUACGAAAUGCGGUACGGCUAGAUUGCAGAAAUACUCUGAUCAGUUGCCUGUUACAGCGAUGACAAUGGAACAGUGACAAUUCCAUUGCAAGUACCAAGUUGUUUUGACCAUGAAAUAGACUAUAAUUUAUUUCUCUAAGUCGUUUGUUUCCUUGCUACUUGAACAGUCACAAUUAUUCAAGACAGUCACAGUGUUUCAUUAAAUCUUUAUAAGGAGUAGUUCAUUUCUUUUUGGUAUAAUAAAUUUCGUAUUAGUUUCAGACUGUUGUUAUGUUUCUUCAUUUCUUGAUAUAAAUAUCAUUUUAGAUGUUAAUAGAUAAAUAUGAAAAUAAUAUAAUGUACAUACUCUUUGUUUUCUGAAACAAGAAAUAGUUUUGUUCAACGCAAGGGAACUUUUAUAUUUGACAAAAUUAUAGCCUCAUUUUUAUCAAAAACUUGGCAGAACUCCUUUCUCAUUCUUUUACUCAUAUGCAAAUGAUACCGUUGAAAUAUGUUUAAUAAAGUUACUAAAAUUAUAUCGUAGACUUUCUCAAACACAGCAUUAAUUAUUUUUAUUCCAGAAGUAUUACAGAGAGAUUUUCGUUUGAGUUUUCUUUUAGAAAUUUUGCAUGUUUGGAAUACAUAUUCGUACUUUUGACAAUUAGAUAAAUCUGAGAGAAGAUAAUGACUAGUACACCAUAAAAUAUUAUAAAAACUAAUUCUAAAUUAUAUUAUUUUGAAAUAUGAAAUCUAAACUUUUGGCGGAUAGUAUUUCUGUGUGUACAUUUAUGAUUGUAAAUUUUAUUUAAAUGAUAUAAACUAGAGAUAGAAUAGAUACCUCUUGUGAACAAUGUAUAGUAAACCUUUUAUAAAUAAUCUUAAUACAUAUUGUUUUUUCAAAGUUCUUAAUGAACUCAAAUUAAUUUGAUUUAUUGUGGGUUUUUAUGUUUAUUUCAAUACUGUAUAUACAUAAAUUCAGUUUAUAUAUAAGAAAGUAUUCAUCUUAUUUCUCUACAAGUAUGUUAAAAUAGUAGUAUGUUAAAAGCUUUCAGGCUGUGAAAUAAUGAAACUAUUAACAGUAAUAAUCUUUAUAUUAGUACAUAACAAAGGAGGUUCUAAUUGUUUUAUAGUUUUGAGGGCCACACAUUUCUACUUCAGUAACAUACUUUGAAUUAAUAUAAAUAUAAAUUAAUAUUUAUAUUAAUAUAAUAUAAAUAUAAAUUAAUAUUUAUAUUUAAAUUAUAUUUAAAUAUAAAUUAAUAUUUAUAUUAAUAUAAUAUAAAUAUAAAUUAAUAUUUAUAUUUAAAUUAUAUUUAAAUAUAAAUUAAUAUUUAUAUUUAUAUAUUUAUAUCUAUAUAUUUAUAUUUAUAUAUAAAUAUAAAUCUUAAUGUUGCGUUUGAGAAGGUUGCAUCAUGAAAAUCUAUAUUACAUUUUGACAAGUUCAUGACACUAUGGUUAGGAUUUAUAAUAUCUACACAGAACAUGUAAAAAUUUUCGUCUUUCAAUUUAGUAAUUGCGAACUGUGGAAAUAAGAAUAACGAUUAAUGAAUUUAUUUGCCAUACAAAAUAUGAAAGAAACGAUUUUUUCUGCAUAAUAAUAUAUUAAAUUUUAUUAAUUAGCUUGCAAGUAAAUUGAUUACUCAUCUUAUCCAAAAAAUUGGCAUACAGUGAAAUUGUGUACUAUUAAUUUGUUCAGUACUUUAUAGCAAGAUUUAAGUAACAGUCUUUGGGAAAAUGGGUAUAUCUUAUAUAUGUAUAUUCAUACCAGUAGAAUUCUUUACAAAACAUUGAUACAUUACAUAAAUAUUAGAAUAAUAGCUGAAUCUGUGUUUAAGCUUUAAAUAAGGGAUUAUCAGCUUCCUGCUUAAAUCAAACAUAUAAUGUCGUAUCAAUGAGUACUAUUGCCAUACAAAAAUUUAGUUGUUUAUGCAGACAAACAGUUUUUGAAAUCUACUGGUAUAAUUAUACGAAAAUUGAGAUUGAGGUAUUUUGGCAUUUACUGGUACAUAAUCCAUAUACUCUGUUACAUAAUUUUGCAGAUAAAAAGAAAAAUUUAAUUACCACUAGAUAAAACCAACAUGAAAAUGAAAAUAGUUACUGGAUCUGCGCAUAUUUUUAUGCGCGUUAUUCUCUUCCUCUUAGUCUUUCUGCAUUAUUGUCUCCCAUUCCAUGUAACUGUAUAUCGAGAUACUACAUUAAAAUAUAAGCAUUGAAUAAAAAAAUAAGUUAGCAAGAAAAUUGACAAUAUCGAGAUUCUAAGAUGUUUUUAUUUGAUAAUUGAUGAUACGAAAGAAGCAGUUGUUUUAUUUGAAAGAAAGAUUACACAUUUAUUACAAUUACACAUUUCAUAUUUUUGUGUGGCUAAUAGGAAGGAUACCUAUAAAAAAUACAUAUAGUUACUUAAAAUAGAUUAUUAAAUAUAUGAGUUUAGAAUUGACGAAAUUCAAGAGUAUCUGUCGCAUAAUUGUUAUUAUUAUUUAGAAAAGGUUUCAUUCACAUAUGCAACACAUUGUCUGUUGUUUAUUUGAAAUUUGUAGGCACUGAUCAAGACGAAUAAUAUCCUAGCCACUUGGACUGAAGAUUUAUAAUUUAAGUGUAUUACGAACGGCCAUGGCAAAGUCUUUCAGGUAGUCAUUCAUUUUCCAGACUUGAAGCAUAGAAAUUUUUUCCAAAUAUGCAAUAAAAAAGUUUUUUCGCGAGCCGUAAUACGAGAUCAAGAGAAAAAUAUAAAGGUGCAAAAAUUGCAAAUUCUAGAGACUUCAUGAAAUCAUAAUAAGAAACAAACAAAAAAGAUAUAUUGUACAUAUAAAAAUAAUUACGCUUAUUGUAUCUCUUACUUUUAGGUAAUUAACUAAAAAAUAACUGUAAUUAAUGUUGUUGUGGUAGGUGCACAGCGAUGUGUAUGAAAAUUUAUGAAUUCGGGACGAUUUUAGAGGAGGAGUAAUAAAGAAAUUUUAUCCUGGAUAGGACUUAUUAUUUUGUUAAGAAUUUCACUCGCCUGUAUAUUAUAUAACAUUUUGUGAAAUCUAAUUUCUGCCACAUUUGUAUAUAUACUUUAGGUAUCUGAUUAUUUCUCUCGUCUUUCUCAAACUCACUAUUGAACAUGAAGUGCUAUUUCACUUUUCUUAAUUAUAUUCACAAAUUUUCAAUUAAGUCGUAUUUCAUUAUCUUUCUCAUUAUUUUGUUUCUUUUCCCACAUUCAUAUCUUAUGUUUCUUUGCAAAAUUCAUUUAUGAAAAGAAGAAAAUAUCUUCCGUCACAUGAUUUUGAGAAAGACGAGUGAUAUUAUGCGGAAAAAUAUUUCCAAGAAUGUACUUGUAAAAAUCAUUUGUUUAUUUUAGUUGGAACGCUUUAAACGAAAUAUAGUGGUACAUGGAUUUUUAUAUAAAAUUUAUUAAUGUUAAAAAUAUUGACCCAAUAGCCAUUUUACAAAUGAAACGUCGAAAAUCUUCAAAGGUUUGAUCGCUCCAACCAAAGACUGAGUUCGCUUUACAUUUUCUGAUUUGGCAAACACGAAGUUUCAUCGAUAACGAGGCCGAUAUCUCGUUGCUUUUAAGUAAUUUAUGGUAAAUAAGCUAAACAAUAUGGUAAUCAAAGUAUUACUUAGCAAUAUUUGUGAAAUGUUUUAUUAUCCAAGAAAGUUUUUGUCAAAUGAUUUAUAUAGUUAAUCGAUGUGAUUCAAAAAAAAUAAUUCGGUGGAAUUGAGCUGUGAGACUUCGUGUUUACCCAAUUUGUUGCAUUCGCGGAAAACAAUACUGUACCAUGUAAGUAGGACUAAGCCGAAUCAAUGCAACUAUUUAGAGCGAUCGAACAAGACCUAUAAUCGUUUCGUGUGAAAAAAAAAACAAAUUAUUAAGAGAAAGAAUGAGCUUACAAAUAUAAUGUUCAACGUGAAGCUCUUAAAAAAGUUCUGAGUGUUAAAAAAACUUUUACGAUAAUAUCGACAGGUGUCGAAAUGCGGUGUAUCUAUUAUACGUGUAUUUUAUUCUGUGAAUACAGUAGGACUUCUAUGUCGCUGUGCGACAGGAAGAUUUAAUUGGAAAAAACGCUCCAACCAAAGCUCCAGUUUGAACGAAAGUUUGACGAGAGUAUAGAGAAUUUUUCUCAAGAUUGUAUAGUCGGAGAACGUAAAGGGAAGGUGUAUCAAAUUCUAUAUAUGUAGGAUGUUUGAUCUAGACAACCCUUUUAUUUGUUCUUCGAUACAUACAUCAUCUACUCUCUCGUCCCCUGAUAACACCUUUCACUGAGUGCAUGUAUCAAAUUUAAUUUGAUCCAAAUAAAAUAUCAUCAGAUAUAAAUUAA